UGCCUCACAGCAAGAAGGUUGCUGGUUUGAGCCUCGACUGGGUCAGUUGGCAUUUCUGUGUGGAGUUUGCAUGUUCUCCCCGCGUUCAUGUGGGUUUUCUCCGGGUGCUCCAGUUUCCCUCACAGUCCAAAGACAUGCGGUACAGGAUAAUUGGAUGAUCAGUUCUGGAAAGGUGAUCAAGUUGUUCUAUGAUAUUUGCUCUCCUUACUCCUGGCUGGCAUUUGAGGGAACCAGCCCCCUGGAUUAAACCCUAAUCAGCUCAUCUACAUGACUUCAGAUCUGACGCUGCUGUCUCAGUACUUCAGUCAUAUGUCCAGUUCCAGAAAAGUGGUUGAAUUUUUCUAUGAUGUUGUCUCUCCUUAUUCUUGGCUGGCAUUUGAGGUGCUGUGUCGCUACAAAAAUGUUUGGAACAUUGACCUUAAAUAUAAACCGGCCUUUUUAGGUGGAGUUUUUAAAGGUUCAGGUAACAUUGAACCUGGAUCAGUUGAUAAUAAGCAGCGGUACUUGCUCGCAGAUCUGAAACUGAUGUCUGAGUACUACGGGGUCCUUAUGAAUCCACCUCCAGUUUUUAACAAAGAAACCUUGCUUGCAAUGCGCUUUGUGACUGCUAUAGCAGAGAAAAACCAAGAGGAAAAUGUGUUGGUGGAGAAGGUUUCUAGAGAGCUCUGGAAACGAGCAUGGCAAAACAAUCUGGACAAUACCCAGGCUCCCUCACUCAUUGAGGCAGGAUUACUGGCAGGUCUCUCAGCCAAUGAGGGAAAAGAAAUGCUGACCAUUGCCAACUCUCAGCCAAUUAAAGACAAGCUGAAGAGUGUCACACAUGAAGCCCUGGAGAAAAAUGCCUUUGGUCUUCCAUUCAUUGUGUGCCAUUUUAAUGGGAAGGUUGAGGUUUUCUUCGGUUGUGACAGAUUUGAGCUCAUAGCUCAUCGCAUCGGGGAGAAGUGGGUGGGGCCUUGUCCAAUCAAGACCACAAUGUGAUGCUUCUGCUCCAUACUGCAUACAUUUCUUUAUCCGAUACAGUGGCAACAGAAAAUCAUCAUACCCUGUGAAUCCUUUAGGAUGAAGUUGUAGAAGGCACAGGUCAGGAGAAGGCUACAAAAACAUGUCAAAGACUGGAAAAGUUAUUUGAAAUGUGAUUUGAUUUCAGGCUGUAUGACAAAUAAAGUCAGUAUUUCAAA